AUGUUGGAUAAAGAACAAAUUGAGCCGAGCGGCGUGGGGUGCGGGACGGUCGUCUUCGCUGGUGAAGAGUCCGCAGGCCUCACGCCACCGCCACCCCGAGCCCGCCCGCCCGCCCGCGGCCCUGCGCCUCCACCACGCAGCCUCGCGGCAGCCUCGCCGGAGCUGGGGGCUGGGCCUCGGGGGCUCGUAGAGGCCAAGACCAAGGCGUGUCCGGCAGAUGCAACUGCAUCUAAGGAACAAGCAGCGCAGAACACCCUCCGCGCAUCCCAGAUCUCAGAGGAAGCCCACGUGACUCCAGCUGCCCCACAGCCCUGGGCACCUGCGGGCUCUGCCUGUGGCUCCUGUGCCUGUGUGGGAGCCCAGCCUGUAACCGACCCUGCCUGCCGGCCUGGCAUGAGGACCCCCUGUUUCGUCCACUCCUGGACGGGGUGCCCGGUCCCUUGGACUCACACUUGGGCCCCCUUUGGUGGUCAUCUCUGGAUGGGGCAUCCCCCUCCAGCUGCCUCAGCACCUUCAGUCUGGCCUUCGGGUGUCUCCAGCUUUGAUCCCCACGUGGGAAGCGAGCACCUGGCCACCUUGGCCUCCAGUGUAUUUCCUUACUCCAUGGGACCCCAGCCGUACUCCUCAGGCCCUCCAGCUCCGAGCAGGGACGCCCCUGGCCACUGUACCCAGGUGGGAUGGCGGACUCCAGCCAGCUCAGCCCUCCCGGCUGCAGUGGGGGUGCCGUCCAGAGGAGCUUCUCACUUGAAGAGGCGCCAGGCCCCUCCAUCAGAGUGGGCUCCCUGGUUCAGCAUUUGGGCACCUGCGCCAUCCUCCAGCCCAGAGCUCCGCCCUCUGCCCCCUCCCCCCAAUGUGGACCCCCAGCCUGGUCCCCGAUGCUCCCGCUAACCCCAGCCACCCUGCAGGGCCUGCCACUGCCUCUUAGAGCUCUGA